GCCUUCCGCGCCAUGGGGCCGUGGCAGCGCCUGCUGCUCUCCGGCGGCCUGUCGCUGCGAGCUGGAGGCGCAGCCCCCGACCCUCGCGGGGUUGGCCGAGCUCUGGCUUGCAGGCGCCAGUUUUCUGGCGCUGAGAGUGAGAACUUAAGGCAAAGAAGAACACAGAUCAUGUCCCGAGGACUUCCAAAGCAGAAACCAAUAGAAGGCGUUAAGCAAGUUAUAGUUGUGGCCUCUGGCAAGGGUGGAGUUGGAAAAUCUACUACUGCAGUGAACCUUGCACUUGCGCUAGCAGCGAAUGAUUCGUCAAAGGCCGUUGGUUUGUUAGAUGUAGAUGUUUAUGGUCCUUCAAUUCCAAAGAUGAUGAAUUUGAAAGGAAGUCCUGAAUUAUCACAAAACAACCUAAUGAGGCCUCUUUUGAAUUAUGGUAUUUCUUGCAUGUCUAUGGGCUUUCUGGUUGAAGAGACUGCACCAGUCAUAUGGAGAGGCCUUCUGGUAAUGUCAGCCAUUGAUAAACUAUUGAGGCAGGUAGACUGGGGUCAACUGGACUAUUUAGUUGUUGACAUGCCACCAGGAACGGGAGAUGUGCAGUUAUCGGUUUCACAGAAUAUUCCCAUUUCAGGUGCUGUGAUCGUCUCCACGCCUCAGGACAUUGCGCUGAUGGAUGCUCACAAGGGUGCCGAGAUGUUUCGGAAAGUCCAUGUGCCUGUUCUUGGCCUUGUGCAAAACAUGAGUGUGUUCCAGUGUCCGAAAUGUAAACACAAGACUCAUAUUUUUGGUGCCGAUGGUGCAAGGAAACUAGCGCAGACCCUUGAUCUUGAUGUUCUAGGCGACAUUCCCUUACACCUCAGCAUAAGGGAAGCUUCAGACACAGGCCAGCCAGUCGUAUCUUCUCAACCUGAAAGUGAAGAGGCUCAAGCUUACCUGCGGAUUGCUGUGGAAGUGUUAAGAAGAUUGCCACCACCUCCAGAAUGACACCCCAAAUGCCCUGGAAAUUGUUCUGGUAUUUGAAUGUAAGAGGACUAAUGGAAACAAGCAUUGUGGUGGUGUGGAACCCACAAACAAUAGCAGUCAGGAUUGUUUUACUUUAUUUCUGAAGAAAUAAUCUUUUAUAUUCAGAUUUGAUCUGUGAGCUCUGACCCACAUGUAAUUUUCAUGUCCCAAUGCUAACUUCUGUUCUUAGGACUGUUUUAAAAGUUGAUGUAGGGCUGGGGAGAUUGCUUAGUAGUUAAGGCACAUGCCUGCGAAACCUAAGGGCCCAGGUUUGAUUCUCCAGGUCCCAUGUAAGCCACAUGCACAUGGUAGUGCGUGUGUCUGGAGUU